UUAGGUAAAACUAUCUGAGGGAAAGUUGAUAGGUGAUUUCACAAAUAGUGGCUUUAAAGUAACACUCCUGCUCCUUUUUAUCACAACUAUAUCCGAUUACACCUACAUGAGAUCUCUUCACAAAAAUCAUAACGUUUAUUGCUUAUAAAACGAAAUAUUCCCCAAUAAAGGCGCGGGGACUUGCUAUUAAAAUAUGGUGGGGAAAAUGGUGGCCAUUUAGUUGAGCAGCAGGCUGAUUUAUUAUUUAUUGUUCUGUCCCACGGUCACGUGUUUGGGGCGCCCUAUCCAGUCUUGGGCAAGGUUCAACUUGCUGGACGCAUUGAGCCCCUAGCUGGUGCAGGAAAGCAGCACAUUAUAUGCAAUGAAUCUGUUUUUUCUAAACAUUGCAACACUCUAACGCGUUUUUUUUUCCUUUUGCAUUUUCAUAAUGUCGACGUUGGGAGCGAGUUACUAUGUUGAGCCGCCUGUUCUUCCCGAGCAGGAAGAUAUGGCACCUAGAUACCAGUCAACUGCAGGGGUGGAGCAGGCGAUGCUCACCGAAUAUGGCGGACAGGAAUCUUGCCCUUUGCAGGCGAAAUCUUCUAUUUUUGGUGGAUCGUGGAGUCCCAUCUCGGCUCACCCUCCGAACACAGCCGCUCCGACCUAUAUACAUCACCAUUACACGAGCGGGGACAGCGAUGGCAUGUUUACGCGCUCCUGGGCGUUGGAUCCGGUGUCUGCGUCUCUGUGUUUGACGGGAUUACCAUCGACAGCCAUGCAUUAUGAGAUCAAACCCGAGCCCCUGAUUGGGAGUGCUGAAUGCACAACUUUGGAGACGCACACACCUCUUUUGUCUGACAUUGAAAACGGAGCAUCCCUUGCGGAUAUUCCCUGUGAAACCACAUCCGCGUCUAAAGCUACUGAGGAGAGCCCGUCAGCAGAGGACAAGAGGGAGAUAGAUGCAAGAGCUGCACAGGACCUCACUGGACUCCAACUGAGCGAUGAACUUGAGGUCCUACAAAGUGUGAGAUACCCCAAACCUUCCCUCCCUUCCUGGUUUCCUUCAACACCCCCCCCCUAAACCUCACCCUUUCCCCGCCUCACUCACCCCUAAAGGUCACCCACAUGCAGCUCAUUAAGCCUGUUAUACAUUUUUGGGGAAAACUGUAAAGAUAAGCAUGCUGAAAUAGUGACAUUACUUUAUGGCUACUAUAUCUAUUACACUACACAAUCUGUCAGUGAUGUAUGAGUAUAGUGUUAUGCGUAGGUGGCAUUCCUGUCUGAUCCCACAUGAAUGUUUGGAUGGAUAGCUAAGACCAGUGGAGAAGCUGCGCUGCAGGAAAACAGAAAGUUGCUUGGAUGCCAUUUGCGGUGACCUCUCAGGACCCCUAUACAUCAAACCUCAUGACACCGCUGGUGACAGAGGAGGCCACGAGUGAACUCUGGAGGAGAAGUUCAGGGGAGUAAAGUCAUGAGCACAUGGGAGAGCCUGUUUCAUCCACUUAGCCUCACUGCUGCUAUAGUCUGUUGUUGUGGAUAGUGGGAUUACUCCUCAGAUUAAAGGAGAACACCACCUAAAUUAGGAAUUCCUAUAUGUUAUUCCCACUGCCUGGGAAAGUGUAUCAAAGUUGUGAACACAAGCUACUCUCCCUCAAAGCUGGAAACCAGAGAAGUCUCAAAUGUGUGAUGUCAUCUAGUAUAAAGACUGGAGCUGCUCCGUUGGCAAUGAAUGGGAGGCUGAUUUUGUGGACCCACAAAAUGUUGAUUUUCUUUUUCAUACCCAAAUAAUCUUUAUUGUAUUGUAGUGUUCUCAGUUCUGAAACGGAAAAUGUACCCUCAUAGUCAGAACAUUCCUCUGGGUGCUCUCAGUGUCAUCUAUCUUUACCAGUUCAUUGUCUAUGGAGCAGCUCCAGACUUUGUUGAUGACAUCACAGAUUGGAGUAUUAACACUCCAGUUCGUUUUGGGAUUUGGGGAGAAAGUUGUUCAUGUUUACUCAUUUUUUGAACUGUAUUAGACCAUUGGAACAACAUGUAUGAAUUUUGAAAAUGAAUGUAGUUUUCAAAGGAAACAGACUCUUUUAGAUUGGAGUUUGUUUUUUCUAUCAACGUAUUACACUCCCUAAUACAUUUUUCUGCAUUAUUAUUAUUUUUGUCAA